AUGUACGAUGCAGAGGAUUCCGUAGAUUUGACUACGGAAGAAGAGGAUGAAGAUGGGAUAAGCCAGGCUGUAUCGGAAAGAAUAAUCCACAUGGACGAAGAUAGUGGGUCCGUUCCGGAAGACGAAGGUCGACCAGCUCGUCAAGUUCCCGAGCAGCAGUCGUCAUCGAAAGUCAUUCCAGACAUAGGCAUCAACAGAUCUGGACCCCUUGUUGGUGGAAGAGCGCUACGACCGCGCAAACGAAAAUUGAGCUUUUCGCUUUCUUCGUAUCCUCCAUCUCCGAGCUUGGAUUCUGACUACAAUCUCGGGAAGCAGCCGCGUGUUCGUGUAGAAUUGCGAGGACUGAAAAACCUUGGCAACACAUGCUUCAUGAAUUCAGUCAUCCAAGCGUUGAAGUGGGUGUCGCUAAUACUGCGGUUUCUUGGAAUGCACUUAUUGUUUUUCCUUUCAGCACAACCGAUGUGUUUCGCGGAUAUCUUGUGCAGCUUCCCACUUCUACAACCCGAUGAUGAAGUUAACGAUGAUCAUCAACCGUUGGCGAGUCCGCGAUACAAUACGAGACGAGCUGCAUCAGCUGUUAACACUCCAACCUCUACUGCAUCGACCUCAACGCCUACAGUGCUUGCUGAAGAACUGCGGAAAGUAAUGAUUCGUCUGGGUGACCUUCGAUGCGAUCAGGCAGUCUCACCCGAUGAGCUGUUCCAAUCCGUAUGGAAAAUUUCUCCUAGAUUUAGAGGAUACCACCAACAAGAUGCUCAUGAAUUCCUGCGUUGUACGAUGGAUCGAGUCCACUCGGAGUUGAGACGAUGCCGAUUGCCGGAAUCAGUGGAUCAGUGGUUGGCCGCUGCAUGUGGAGGCAGUGAAUCGCCAAAUGGCUCCGCAGUCACGACCUUGUUUGAAGGUUCUUUGCAAAGCCAGGUGGUCUGCCUGACAUGUCACACUGCGAGCAAUAAGCAUGAUCCCUUCCUAGUAUAUGUGCAGCAAUUGCAAAGACAAACGGCCGCCACUAAGCAGCUCUUCUUGAGAGUGCUGCCGAAUGUGCUGUGUCUUCAUUUGAAACGCUUUCGGUGGUCGCAUUUCAAUAGAGCUAAACUCGAUAACAUGGUCGAUUUCCCACUGAGCGGUCUGGAUAUCACACCAUUCAUGGCACAGUGCGCAGCUUCACGCGUCGCUGAGAGCUCUGGUAGUAUCACCUUCGACUUGUCAUCUGUUGUUGUUCAUCACGGAUCAGGGUGA